UCGGGAUCGGGUCGGGAUGAACCUCGGGAAGGGCUCCGUGAAGGGCUCCGGCUCCGCCUGGCGUUAGGAGCUCGAGGACUGCCAUGCCCUUAGGUGCCCAUUGCCAGCCCCUGCUGUGAGAUGGCCACUCCAGAGCCCCCCCUGGGUGGGACCCCCCGGCCUGGCCCCUCCCCCGGGCCUGGCCCCUCCCCCAGCUCCAUGCUGGGCCCCUCCCCCGGCCCCUCCCCUGGCUCCGCCCACUCCGGGCACUCGGGGCACGCGCUGCCGGCCCCGGGCUACGCCCCGGACAGCAUGCACCCCCUGCACAAGCCCCUGGAGGCGAUGCACGAGAAGGGAAUGGCCGAGGAUCCGCGCUACGGGCAGAUGAAGGGAAUGGGAAUGCGCCCGGGGGGACACGCGGGAAUGGGGCCACCCCCCAGCCCCAUGGAUCAGCAUUCCCAAGGUUAUCCCUCCCCUCUGGGUGGCUCCGAGCACGCCUCCAGCCCGGUACCAUCCAACGGCCCCUCCGGCACCUCCGGUUCCGGCUCCGGCGCCGCCCUGGACGGUUCCGGUUCCGACUCUCCCGCUUUGGGUCGGGGUCCGUCUCCCUUCAACGCCGCCCAACUGCACCAACUCCGUGCCCAAAUCAUGGCCUACAAGCUGCUGGCACGAGGGCAACCCCUUCCAGAGCAUCUCCAGGUGGCCGUGCAGGGCAAACGGCCCCUGCCGGGGAUGCAGCCGCAGAUUCCAGCUCUACCUCCGCCCGCCGGAGCCACCCAGGGACCGGGGCAAGCGCCCGGAGCGGGGCCGGCACCGCCCGGGUACUCCAGACCUCACGGCCUGGCAGGGCCACCCAUGCCCCCUCCAGGACCCUCAGGAGUUCCCCCAGGAAUGCCAGGCCAACCCCCAGGGGGUCCCCCCAAACCUUGGCCCGAAGGUCCUCUGUCGGCGGCGGCUCCGGGCGGUGCCCCCCAGAAGCUGCUGCCCCCUCCCCCGGCCGGCCGCCCGUCCCCGGUGCCCCCGGCCGUGCCCCCGGCGUCUCCCGGGCCUCCCCCGCCCUCUCCGGGCCAGCCGGCGCCGCCGGCGCUGCCGGUGCACCCCAAGCAGAACCGGAUCACGCCGGUGCAGAAACCGCGCGGGCUCGACCCCGUGGAGAUCCUGCAGGAGCGCGAGUACAGGCUCCAAGCCCGCAUCGCCCACCGCAUCCAAGAGCUGGAGAACCUCCCCGGUUCCUUGGCCGGAGACCUGAGGACCAAAGCAACCAUCGAGCUCAAGGCUCUGAGGCUGCUCAACUUCCAGCGCCAGCUGCGGCAGGAGGUGGUGGUGUGCAUGCGGCGCGACACGGCGCUGGAGACGGCGCUCAACGCCAAGGCCUACAAGCGCAGCAAGCGGCAGUCGCUGCGCGAGGCCAGGAUCACCGAGAAGCUGGAGAAGCAGCAGAAGAUCGAGCAGGAGAGGAAGCGCCGGCAGAAGCACCAGGAAUACCUCAACAGCAUCCUGCAGCACGCCAAGGACUUCAAGGAGUACCACCGGAGCGUCAGCGGAAAGAUCCAGAAGCUGACCAAGGCCGUGGCCACCUACCACGCCAACACCGAGCGCGAGCAGAAGAAGGAGAACGAGCGCAUCGAGAAGGAGCGGAUGCGGCGGCUGAUGGUGGGACAGCGGGACAGACGGACAGGAUUGGGGUGGAUGGGUGGACAGUGUCCGAUGCCCGGUGCCCCAUUGCCACCCGGAGACGGAGCCAGCUGCCCCCGGUGCCCCCCGGUGCCGGAGCCGGUUCUCCGCGGAGCCCCCCGGUGCCGCUGCCCGCUCUCCCCCGGUUCCCCCGGUGUUCUCCCGGUGUUCCCCCGGUUCACCGCGCAGCCCGCGCUCUCCGGGGCGGGGUUUGGGUCACGUUCGUGCCCCGGAGGUCGGAUUUUGGGGAGGCCGUGA